UUAGGAGAUAAUAUAGAUUAUUCUGAUAGAUUUGUUACCGAUAGAGAAUUUGAUUCUGUAGAUGAUUUACAUACUUGGGCUAAUGAGAUAGCACUAACAAUUGGAUUUCAAUUUACACGUGCUUCAUAUAAAAAAAAAGAAGGGCGUUCUAGAGUGAGUCUGUACUUAAGAUGUCACCGUUACGAUAAAAGAAGUGUUGAUUUGCAUAACUUAGACAAUGCUCCCCGACCAGGUUCCAAAAGUAGGGGUUGUGGGUGUAAAUUUAUGAUUUUAGGAACUAGUCGUAACCCAAAGGAAAGACCUUGGACGGUUAGAGUGUUUCCUGGUGAAAAAGGAAUACAUAACCACCCGUUCUUCAUGUACAUAGAUGGUCAAAUAAGAGUAAAUAGGAUGACUGUGGAUAUCAGGCAGCACAUACGAGAUCUAAGUGCAACUGGCAUGCAACCAGCAUUUAUAAUGUCUUCAAUUAGAAGAAAUUUUCCUCGUUUUUAUGCUAGUAUGAAUCAAAUUUACAAUGAGAGACAGUCAAUCAGGAGAGAAGAGAUGGAUGGUAGGACUCCUCUUCAACACUGUCUGUAUAUGGCCACGGAGCAUAAUUAUGUAGUUUGGAGGGACUUGGAUAGUGAGGAUCAGUUGACUAGAUUAUUGAUUGCGAAUCCAACUUCUAUCCAGAUGCUACGUUCGUGGCCCCAUGUUGUGUUGAUAGACACAACGUACAAAACGAAUAAGCAAAAGUGGCCCCUUUGCGAAAUCAUUGGAAUGACGCCAACGAAUCAUAAUUUCUUGGUUGCAUUAUGUUUGAUGCGAGAUGAGGCGGCUGUGUCUUAUUCUUGGGUGUUGGAGAGGUUGAGGGAUAUUUACGGGACAGUCCAGACGCCGGAUGUAAUCGUAACGGAUCGGGAUGAGGGUUUGUCUGCAGCUAUUCAUGCUGUCUUUCCAGAUGUACGACAUCUAUUAUGCGUAUGGCAUAUUGGCAAUGACGUGGAGAACAUGGUCGAUAAAUUGUGUGGCGGCAAGAAAAAUCAACAGGGCCAGUUAUUCAGGCAAACAAAAUGGAACCCCUUAGUUAACAGUAUGACGAUCGCCGAUUUUGAAAACAGAUGGGAAGGGAUUGUGUCCACUUGGUCUAAUGGUGCUUUGUACUUGGACGAUAUACAUCCGUUUCGGAAAACGUUAAAGUAUUUAGAUGCAGAAGAAGACGCCAACGAAGAAGUACGGGGUCGCGGAUCAAGAUCAUCAUCACGCGGGAGAUCCAGUGGUAGAUCAAGCAGCCGGUCGCAUCAAUCGUCAGUUGGAAUUAACUUCAGUUUCAACUUAUCAGAUGGUGCAGCAGGUCGUGAUUUUUCACUUUUUCCGUGGCCAGAUCACAUUCCAUUUAUUCUUCCGCCAUAUCUGUUUGAUUGGAUUGAUGUUAUAGGUGACGGUAAUUGUGGAUUUAGAGCUAUUGCCGCCACAGAGUUAGGGGGUGAGGAAGCAUGGCCUCUGUUACGACGUGCAAUGAGUUUGGAAAUGGAAACGCAUAGAGAACAAUAUGCACGCUUAUAUUUAUCAGCUGAUUCGGUGGAGGAAGCUAUAUUCAGAGUUGGUGCCCACAAUAAAGGACCUGCUCCGUACGCUCACUGGUUGGAAGUGACAACACUGUAUUCUGCAGCAACAUUUUUAAACAUAGCAAUUGUGUAUUAUGGCUCUGCGGAUGGUCAUCCAAUGAUAUCACUUUGGAGUAGAAUGUGCAACAUACAACGACAACAGCAUAAUAACACCGCCGAAGACGCGGUGAAUUUAGAUUCUCCAUAG